AUGGCUGAUUCUCUGACCGAAGAGCAGGUCUCCGAGUUCAAGGAGGCCUUCUCCCUGUUUGACAAGGAUGGUGAUGGCGAGAUCACCACCAAGGAACUGGGAACCGUUAUGCGAUCCCUCGGUCAGAACCCUUCCGAGUCCGAGCUCCAGGACAUGAUCAACGAGGUUGAUGCCGACAACAACGGCACGAUUGACUUCCCCGAAUUCCUGACCAUGAUGGCACGAAAGAUGAAGGACACCGACUCCGAGGAGGAAAUCCGUGAAGCUUUCAAGGUAUUCGACCGUGACAACAAUGGCUUCAUUUCCGCUGCUGAGCUGCGACACGUUAUGACCUCUAUCGGUGAGAAGCUCACAGACGAUGAGGUUGAUGAGAUGAUCCGGGAGGCUGAUCAGGACGGUGAUGGACGCAUUGACUAUAACGAAUUCGUCCAACUCAUGAUGCAGAAAUAA